GACUGGCAGCUGUGGGCGGGGUUUUGUUGUUUUAGGGCUGGUGUCUCCCGCGUGAUUGGCAGCUGUGGGCGGGGCCUGUGCCGCACUGAUUGAUUGAAUCGAACAGCUGAGCUCGCGCGUGUAAAGCGAGAAGAACAGCAGCAGCGGCAGCGUUAUUACAGCAUUAUUACUGCAACAUCUACACUAAACUGCUGCUCAACACACACCGAGGACGAUACAUCUGCAGUGUGUGUGUGUGUGUGUGUGUGUGUGCAGGAAUGAGGACGCCUGAUGCUGUGUUUGUGCUGAGGGAAUCCGCGGUUCUCCACGGCGCGUUCAUUUGUUCCUGAAUGGCGUCUCGGUUAUUCACAGCGCGAACACACCGCUGAACUGAAGCCCUGACGGGGGAUAAAGGAGGACUCUACACCGCAGAAGGACACCACUGACCGUGUGUGUGUGUGUGUGUGUGUGUGUGUGUGUGAGUGUGAGUGUGAGUGUGAGUGUGUGUCUCCGCCGUGUUUUCAGCUGCAGGAGCAGAAAUGUGACAUUUUCCACACGCGCCUUUAUCCAUCGACCACAGCGGAUGCUUUCAUCGAUAAAGAUGUGCUCUGUCCAUGUGUUGGUCCUUCUGUUGGCGGGUCUGGAUGUCUGCUGCAGUGAGCAGGAGCGUCCCGCGGUGCCGCUGGGCUGUGCUCUGGGCCCGCCGCCGCCCUACACGCUGCUGUGUGACCUGGAUGCGGUGUGGGGCGUAGCGGUGGAGGUGCUAGCGGCCGCUGGGGUGCUGUCUGCUCUGCUACUGCUGAUGGUGUUGCUCUGCCGGCUCCACUCGGUGAGCGAGGCUCCGAAGCGCAGCGGCAUCGGCCUGAUAAUGCUAAUGCUAACCGGCGUCAUCGGCCUGUUCGGACUGAGCUUCGCGUAUCUGAUCGAGUUCAGCGAGAGCAUCUGCAUCAUCCGCCGCGCCCUCUGGGGGCUGCUCUUCUCUCUGUGCUUCGCCUGCAUGCUAGCGCAGAGUCUCCGGCUGCGCAGGCUAGCUAACGAGUCUCGUAGCCCCGGCGGAUGUGCGCUGAUCGGACUAGCGCUAGGGUUGACGGCGGUGCAGGGGAUCAUCGCUGCAGAAUGGCUCCUGCUGACCGUGCUGAGGGAGGGUCACCCCGCGUGCCAGUUUCAGCCGCUGGACUUUACGCUAGCCUGUGUGUAUGUGCUAGCGCUGCUGCUGGCGGCGCUAGUGACGGCGGCAUUAGCGCUGUGCGGGAAGACGCGGCAGUGGCACUGUAGUGUGGUGUGGCUGCUGGUGUCCUGUGUUCUGUCCGUCCUGCUGUGGGUGGCCUGGAUCGGGUUCUAUGUCUAUGGGAACGGGAUGCUGGAUAAAUCUCCAGACUGGGACGACCCGGCGUUAGCGGUAGCGCUUGUAGCUCAGGGCUGGCUGGUACUGCUGUGCCACGCGGCUCCUGAAGCCCACGCCUGUCUCCGCGCUCCACCGCAGCCGUCAGCGCCUGAUUAUUUCGACACGUCCCAGAAUUCCUCACGCAUGAGGGAGGCCAGCCUGGACGAGGACAUCCCCAUGUCCCACCGGCAGUUCGUGGACAACCAGAGAUACGCCUUCGACGAAAACGCUGCAGGUUUGGGUGGUGGAGGUCAUCAUAACGGCAGCGGCGGCACCAGACCCAGCGCCCCCUUCAGGAGUAACGUCUACCAGCCCACUGAGAUGACCAUGAUCCUCAACGGAGGAGCCGUUCCGUCGGCUCCCCCCACAUACACCGGCAGACAGCUCUGGUGAAGGAGACUCGGAGAAGAGCGACUGGACAAGAGGAGGCAGAAACCCCUGAGAGAUGAGAUGCAUGCAGACGUGCGGUGAUGAAGAAGCCCACAGGGCUCAAAUAUAGGACUGGGAUGCUGGUAUGUGCGGGCAAACACCACCGGACACCGUUCCCUUCACCAUCAGUAGCUGUAGUGAUUCUGAGUUCCUCCACUUUCUGCUGUUCAUGUCACUGUCUGAAAUACAUCUCCACGUACUGGCCUCAGAUCUGUCCUGAAGGGAUCUCAGUAUGCUUCAACACGGGCUCAUUGGAAAUACACCGCCAAACACGCUGCUCUUACAGUCUCCCCUGAAAACAAGCAGAGUAAUCUGACAAUGGGGUCUUGUUUUCAAAUGGAAAUAAUAUUGUUCAGCUUCACACAUUGUCAGAUUAAUCAGCUCGUUUACCAGAAAAACACA